CGCAGUAUUGCGCAGAGCAUGUAGCCGAAACUACAUCAGACUGCGGUGCUGAAGUUUUUGGGAUCUGAACUGAUUUCUUUUUCUUCUUCUUCUUCGGGAGAAAUAUUUCUAAAAUUUAGAACUGCUCCUCGACACUCAACUAGUUUGGAGCUAAAUGUCAAGUAGGCAGCGACACGGAGCCACUCAGUGAUACUCGGGGCGCGAUGGAGAGCAAUAAGGGAUUACUUCGCUGUAAAAUCGUGGUGGUGGGAGACACGCAGUGUGGAAAGACGGCUCUUCUUCACGUUUUCGCCAAAGACUCGUACCCGGAGAAUUAUGUUCCCACCGUGUUUGAGAAUUACACAGCCAGCUUCGAGAUCGACAAACAGAGGAUCGAGCUCAACAUGUGGGACACUUCAGGUUCAGCCUACUAUGACAAUGUGCGGCCGUUAGCGUAUCCUGACUCAGACGCUGUGCUCAUCUGCUUUGACAUCAGCCGUCCUGAAACACUGGACAGUGUGCUAAAAAAGUGGCAGGGGGAGACGCAGGAGUUCUGUCCCAAUGCCAAAGUGGUGCUGGUCGGCUGCAAGUUGGACAUGAGGACGGACCUCAAUGUCAUGAGAGAGCUUUCCAAACACAGACUCAUUCCUGUCACCCACGAACAGGGCACUAAUUUGGCGAGACAGAUCGGUGCUGUGGCCUACACAGAGUGCACCUCCAAGUAUUCGGAGAACAGCGUCCGUGACGUUUUCCACGUCACCACUCUGGCAUCUGUGUCCCGUAUCCAUCGGCCUCAGCUCAAACGCGCUGGCUCACGUCGCGGACUCAAGCGGGUCUCCCAGCAGCCGCCCCGGACUGAGAUUCAUGAGCACCCACCUGCUAUUAGAAAGGACCGCGCCAAAAGCUGCGUGCUCAUGUAGACCAGAGGCUGACCAGCAGCCUGACCUGCUUGUGCUGAUGGACAUGAAACCAUACUGCACAUGAACUUAAUUUAUUGGUGAAUUCUUGUCAGAUCUUUGCACUGCAUAAAGGACAAUAUGAUGAAAUCAAGAACCAAUGCUAUCCUGUGGAGUUCUUUGAGGAUUUGUUUGUCCAUCUUUAGCAAAACUCUCCUUGUUAUUUCUUUCUCUGUGACCGUGUUCUCAUCAGGAGAGGUCAUUGUUGUGGCAAAAGCUCUUUUUCUUUAAUGCUUUUACUUGAACAAGUGGACAAAAAUGGUCAUGAACACAAACAGGCUGGUUAGCAAAUAAAACACAAGGACAGAAAAAAGUGAAUACGGAGAUGAAAGUGAUAAAAUAAUAAUUGGAAAGAUCAUUUUACAGGAACCAGCAGUAACAGUGCUGGCCUUGACCUCGGUUUUGUUGUUUCCUGUUUUGAAAUGCUACUCUCUCUUUAAGUGUUUAACUAAAUGAAGCACAAUAUGAUGCACGCAAACUGUUCCGAGUUAUUUGUAAAUGUCAGGGAAUGAACUCUGCUGUUCCACUUCAUAUAACGAGCUUAAAAGAAAAUCUGGACAGACAAAAAACUCGUGGGCUGAGAUGACACUAAUUUUCUUAAACCACAAGUGCUUUUAAUAUUGAAAACCGAAUAAUCACUCACCACAUAAGACUGAAGUGUUGUGAAAUUAAUAUUGUUCUAAUAAUCCACACUGGGAGGAACGUCACAGAGGGAGUAAAGGGGGUGACUGUUAUGUUGUACAUGUGAUAAUUAAAUAAAAAAUAUUUGCUCUGCUGAA